GCAGGCUGGCUUCCGCUUCCGGGUGGCGUUUCUCCGAGGCGCGCUGUUGAAGCUGAGUGGUCGCCAUGGAGCUUUCGGGCGAGUACGUCGGUUGUGACGGGGAGCCGCAGCGGCUACGAGUGUCCUGUGAGGCGUCGGGAGACGCGGACCCUCUCCAGAGCCUGUCGGCGGGCGUGGUCCGGAUGAAGGAGUUGGUAGCGGAGUUCUUCGGGACCCUAGUGGAGCAGGACGCGCAAGGCUUGGCGGAAGAUCCGGACGACGCUUUGGAUGGCUCCCGGACCUCUGCGUGUUAAAGAGACGAGCACGCACAUCACUGUAAGCGGCGGCGGCGGCGGCGGCGCCCUGGUCGAAUUAGAAUUUAAAUACUCUGAGCACCAUGACACUGAGACUUCUAGAAGACUGGUGCAGAGGGAUGGAUAUGAAUCCUCGGAAAGCACUAUUGGUUGCCGGCAUCCCUCCGACCUGCGGAGUGGCAGACAUAGAGGAGGCCCUGCAGGCUGGCCUUGCUCCCUUAGGGGAACACAGACUGCUUGGGAGGAUGUUCAGGAGGGAUGAGAACAAGAAUGUAGCCCUGAUUGGGCUUACAGUAGAGACUGGCAGUGCCCUGGUCCCCAAGGAAAUACCUGCAAAAGGAGGUGUCUGGAGAGUGAUCUUUAAGCCUCCUGAUACUGAUAGUGACUUUUUGUGCAGAUUAAAUGAGUUUUUAAAGGGGGAGGGCAUGACGAUGGGUGAAUUAACCAGAGUUCUUGGGAAUCGGAAUGACCCUCUCGGCCUAGACCCGGGCAUAAUGAUCCCUGAAAUUCGAGCACCCAUGUUAGCACAGGCAUUAAAUGAGGCCCUUAAGCCUACCCUGCAGUAUCUGAGGUACAAAAAGCUGAGUGUGUUCUCAGGCAGGGAUCCUCCAGGACCAGGUGAGGAAGAAUUUGAAUCUUGGAUGUUUCAUACUUCCCAAGUAAUGAAAACAUGGCAGGUGUCAGAUGUAGAGAAAAGAAGGCGGUUGAUAGAGAGCCUUAGAGGUCCAGCAUUUGAAAUUAUUCGAGUCCUCAAGAUAAACAACCCCUUCAUUACAGUUGCAGAAUGCCUGAAGACGCUUGAGACAAUAUUUGGGAUUAUUGAUAAUCCUAGAGCAUUGCAGGUCAAAUACCUUACUACUUAUCAGAAGACUGAUGAAAAGCUGUCUGCCUAUGUUCUAAGGUUGGAGCCUUUAUUGCAGAAACUGGUUCAGAAAGGAGCAAUUGAGAAAGAAGUUGUGAAUCAGGCCCGUCUAGACCAAGUCAUUGCUGGGGCAGUCCACAAAUCAGUUCGAAGAGAGCUUGGGCUGCCGGAGGGUAGCCCAGCCCCAGGCUUACUGCAGUUGCUGACACUGAUAAAAGAUAAGGAGGCCGAAGAAGAAGAGGUCCUCCUUCAGGCCGAAUUAGAAGGCUAUUGCACUUGACCCAAGACCCAAGGCUGUCAUGAGCAGAACAAGAUGGAAGAGCUCAUUGCAGAGAUCAGCCCAUCCACUCUUUAUGCUGCCAAAGUAACUCGCCCUUUGUCGUGUUGUUUACUGAAUGUCUCCCCAAUGUUUUACUGAUAAAAAUGAUGUCAUUCUACACUGAUAAUUAUUUAAAUCAAAAGACCAUUCUGCUAGUACAGUGUCCCAGCAAGUCAAAAGUUUAUAUGCAUGUUUAAUAGUCAUAUGUGAUGGUGCUAUCAGUUAUCAAUAGUUUUCAGGUGUUGCCCACAUUUAUGCUGAAGACCCUGAGCCAAGGCUGGUUAAGAUAUUUAGUUUCUUUUAUUAAAAUCAGUUAUCGAUUCUGUGCAAUCAAAAAGCACAACUGAAUGCUGUGGUCAGUUCUACAACUAGUUUUAGGUUUGUGACUAUCUGAUAUGUUGCCAAAACGUCUGCUUCUAAAUAUCAUUUUCUUGGAGUAAUAAAGAAAUGAUAAUAAAAUAUUUGAUCUUUGUAUACAUUGUAAUACUACAUUUGAAGGAAAAUAAUUUUUUGGCUUUGUUUUUAAGACAGUUUCUCUGUGCAGCUUUAGCUGUGCUGGAACCCACUCUAUAGACCCAGGGUAGUCUCAAACUCAGAAAUGUGCCUCCUGAGUGCUGGAAUUAAAGGCCUGCACAACUACACUAGGCUGAACAAAAGUUUUUAUAGUGUGAAUCUGAAAGCCACUGAAAUUACAGACUUAGUUCUUUGAACUCUUGGCACCUAGGGGAUAGGAACUUGCUUGUUUGACAGGAACCAGACUAUAAACAGAUUGUGGCGAGUAGUAGGCCCAUCAAUAUUGAAUUUUGAGGGAGAAAGGGAAGAUGAAGGUUUGUGUUUUUCCAACCCUGGUGCUACACACCUAUAACCCCAGUGCUUAACAAGUAAAGCCAAAGUCAGGAAGACUGGCCUCUCAAGGCCAGCCAGAACUACAGAGGGAGGCCCUACCUCCAAAGAGAAAACUACAUACAGGGAAACUAAGAUCACCUGGGAAAUGGAUGUAUGCCCAAGACGAAGCAGGCAGUAAUGAGAGCUGUUCUGGUUCUUGCAAAGCUGCUGUUCUCUCUACUAAGGGAGGGAACUACACAAAGAAUCAAGGCCAGACUGUCACCGUGUGUACAUGUAGUCUUGGGAGUGUGAUAGAUUACUCUGAGUUAGGAAUACAUGGAAAGUUUCCUUAUGUUCUCCACUGCAGAAUGGCAUGUGGACUCUUGAGAGCUGUGAUUCUGCUCAUGUUUGUAUAGUGGCUUAAGAUACAUUAUGCACUGUCCUGCAGGUCACUCAUUUGCUGCCUCGGUGAGAAACUUUACAUUUUGUAUAGACACACAAGCAUUAAUAAAUGCCACGCCUCUUCUGUAUGUGAGACCCUAAGCUGAGGGGGUAAACUCGACAGGAUAAUCCCUGCUUUGAAGGUUUAUUCAGACUCAGUAUUAAUGGCUGACAUUGGAUGUAUCCUUGGCCAGCGACUAAGUACUAGCUGAAGAAGAAGCUGUCUCUUCCCACCUCCCAUUUUAUGAAUAAGAUGAGGCACAGAAAAAUAACUUGUCUGUGGUUUUACAGGUAGUAAUGUGGCUAGCCCCUGGCUCCAGGUCUUUUUAUUCUGGGUAGAUCAUAGGCUCAGAGAUCUUUAGGUGCUGGUCUUUGACGCAUAUAUAUAUAUAUAUAUCCCAUAACAUUUGGCAGUGGUGGCAACAGACAGGUGGAGAAGAGUGCCACCUAGUGUUAUAGCUCUAGGGGCCUAGGAUGCUAGACCCUUAAUUAAGCAUUAUAGAUCUUGUGGAAGCCUCUAGUAACCCCACCCUUUGCUCUAAAAUACUAAGUUAUUGGGUAGACCUCAUUACAAGUAUUAUAGCUGUUGUAUAGACUUGGGAAGUUAUUAUUCCUUCGCCUUGCCAGUGUUAAAUCGUACAGGUCUCGGGGUGUCUGAGACUUGUAAAAAUCACAGAAGCUCUCUGAAACCUCCAGUGACAAGGGCCUGCUGGUUUUCAUUUCCAGCUCUUUACAGCCUUCUCUCCUUUAUCUCUGCCUCUUCGGUUGUCACAACAGCCAGCCACACAGCCAUUUUCCAGCUCUGCCUGCCACUCCACUGUCUGCUGUUGCUGCCACUCUCCUGGCUUUAUAUUGCCAUCUUAGCCUCACAACUAAGAAGUAAGCUAGAAAUAGGAAAGGAGGGCUGGAGAGGUGGCUCCUCGGGUAAGAGCACCGACUGCUCUUCCAGAGGUCCUGAGUUCAAAUCCCAGCAACCACAUGGUGGCUCACAACCAUCUGUAAUGGGAUCUGAUGCUGCCUUCUGGUGUGACUGAAAACAGUUACAGUGUACUCAUAAAUAAAAUAAAUCUUUUUAAAAAAUGGCAAGGAAACACU